ACUUUGGACACACUUUCGGCCUAUACAGAACCAAGCAAUUCCUCCUCCAUUUCUAUAUACUCAAAGUAGCUUGGUGGCCCUGAGCCGGACUCCUGCACUGUUGCCAUUUUUGCCUCAACACGGCUAGUAGUACUACAGUAGGUUGUGACGAUAUGAAUAGUGAUAACUCCAAUGAUAGCGAAACUAGUCAGCCAGUAACACCUUCAAAUGACGAUUGUUGUCAUAAUGCAUGUGAUCCUUGUAUUUUUGAUAUACACAGAAAGUUACUUGAACAAUAUGAAAGGAAAAAAAAACUAAAUAUAAAAGUACAAAAUAGAAAUAAUUUACUGUGCUCAUUUUUAUACAAAAACUUUGUAGUUAUUAAUAAAACGGUAGUUUCCGAAUGUUACAUUCUACUUUGUUUGAAAUAUCAAGAACACAAAUCAAGAAAUGAUGCAAGUUUAUUAAUUAAUCCAGGACAACAUGUUAUGUUACAUUUAAAGGAUGCAACCAAACCAUUAACUCCAAUUUCUUGGACAGAUGACAGCAUUCAGUUUUUAAUUAAACUUUACCACAACGGAAAAUUUAAUACGUAUUUAAAGAAUAUAAAAUUAGGUGAUGAAAUUCGUAUCAGAGGACCAUAUGGGAAUUUUAAAUAUAAAAGUAACAGUUUUCAGAACAUAAUUAUGUUUAGUAUGGGUUCUGGAAUAACAGCAGUUUAUCCUAUAGCAAAGUCAAUUGUAGAUAAUGAACUCGAAGAAACCAAGAUUCAUCUUAUUGGAGGAUUUCAGAAUAUAUUACAGAUACCUUUGAAAAAGGAAUUACAAGACUUAUCAGAUUAUUGGAAUUUUAAAUGUACAUUAUAUAUAUCACAAUUACGCAAUAAUGCUUAUAAUCUUCAUGGCAUAAAUAUAAAAUCCGGUCGAUUAAAUAAUCUAACAAUCUCUAAAAUGCUUGAAGAUAAUAUCAAUAAUACAACAUUAAUCUUAAUAUGUGGUACUAAUGAAUUUAAUAGGUCUGUUGAACAGUGGACAAGAUGCAUGAAUCAUACAUAUAUACAUGUGUUUGAAUAAAAUCGGUGUAACUUA